AUGGGUGUCGCAGUUCAGCAACAGUUGGAAGAAGUCAUUGGGGAUACCUGCAAAGUUGUAUUGUCAUUGCCACAAUAUCUUAAGAAAAAGGUUACGGGUUGGCUGAUUUACAGAAUACGUACAACGUGGGACAGCAAGCAAGUGUUACAUGAUCCAGUGACAAUCACAUUUAAACCACACAUGGAGGGGCUGAUAAUGGAAGUGAAUGCCCCUUUCUUUGAUGAUCCUCCAUCCCCACCUGGUGAGCCAGGGAAACCAUUUAAUGGUCUCUGGGAUUAUGAAGUGGUUGAAUCCUUUUUUCUGAACAGCAAGACCACUCAGUACCUAGAAAUAGAGCUCUGCCCGCAUGGACAGCAUCUGGUGCUGUUACUUUCUGGAGUUGGAUAUGCCUUUAAAAAAGAGCUACCACUGAAGUUUGGAAGUGAUAUUACAUCAAACUGGGGGAAAUGGCAUGGCACAGCCCUUAUUCCUUGGAGCUAUUUCCCACCUGACGUAGAUAUGAUGAAUUCUUAUGCUAUUCAUGGUUCUGGCAUUGGAAGAGUGUAUGAGGCCCUAUACCCAAUACCACCAGAGGACAUAAGUGAAGGUCAAGGCCCUAACUUUCAUCGUCUGGAAUAUUUUAAAGACUUCAACCUGAAAUGGAUUAUGGGUGAAGAAUGGGAACAACCACCAUCCAGCCUCUGGGAAUUAGCUCCUUAAAAGAUUCCAUUUAUUUUUUUGUCCAGAUUCUCUGUAUUUUAAAAAGUCUAUCCUUAUUAGCAUUCAGUCCUUGACAUGUCUUAUUCUUCCUCAUGACUGAAAUGUAUAUGAUUAUGCAAAUUAAUAAAAUGAGCUUUCUGGCCUGGCUCAGUUUGAGACAUCUAUUUUCAGCCUUCAGUUAAUGUAAUUGUUUCGUAUACUGAUUGUUUUGCUUGUCUUUUUUGCAUAGAUUAGUUAUAAAAGUGUUA